UUGCUAAUUAUGUCAUUGUAUCAGCUGACGAAAUGAUGUAGGUCAAAAAGAAAGACCUUCUCAACUACAUUACCCAGAAUGCACCAGCACCGUUUCAUAUUAUUUUGCCAGGACCGCCUCCUCUUCCCGGGAUGAGGUGAACUGCAGAUUUGCACACGGCCGCAGACGGGAUGGCCAGAGAUGAAAAUGCACGCUGCGGCCAUCCGGAUGACUUGAAGAUCGAAAACAUCGGACGCGCUCGUUCUCGUGAACGCGCACGCCACUGCCCGGUGUGUUUGGAUGCAAAGUCAGCCCACAGACUGACAGCUCCGAGCUCGGGAGCGGAAUAGUGGAGUCUACGCCUUAUUUGGAGGACAAAACCCGCCGGGACACGGCGAAACGCUCCGGAAUAACAACAGCCACUAAGCUGCAAAUGCCGCUUUUAUUUAAUUCUGAAUUUAAUUGGGGUUUCGGAUCCUAAUGAAGACGCCCCUGCGACUGUUUCUGUGGAUGUUGCUGCCUUCAGUGUCCAGAUUAGGUUUCCGUGGACGCCGGGAUAAAAUAAAAUCAGAGGCGGAAGACGCGUCAUACACGAAUUAGAAUAUUUUUGUAUUAUUAUUAUUUAGAAAUAGGGACACGGCUACAGUGGACUCGGGUCCCCGCCAGCUCCAUGCAAAUCUUCGCUGACAACAUUUUCCACCUUGCUGAACCGAGCGACAGCCUCCGUCUCUGCUAAAGAAGACGUUCACACAGCCGAACAUGCAGCUCCUCCUCGAAACGUGAGCCAAUAAUGAUAAAUGUUUGUAUUUAUCGGUCCCCAGCGAAGAAGGACUUCUCCGAUGGAGCCCCGCAGCAGCAGAGGCGACUGAUGCAGGCCGCUGCGCACGCACGGAGGCAGGUUUGUUGCGCUCGCGCUUGCUCUGGAUGCUGAACAUGGUGCCACUUCGCUGCCCCGCGGCAGUCACUGAGUACCUGCUGCCACUCAGCCGUCGGCCCGGCUCUCUCAUCCCCGCUCAGCUGUAUUAAAAUGGACGAGGCCCUUUUGUCUGGAGCCUUUCAGGGAAGCGUAACCGGCUAACGAGGUGGCCAUGCGUGGAUAGGAUUUAGCCCCGCACCGGCUCGUGGAGAUGUAGGGCGAAGAUAUCCGCGGAUAUUUCCACGCGCGACGCAGAGGAGAAAGCGGCACACCACGUUCAUGGAGACGACUGGCGGGGGAGGUGCAUCGGCUGGAUGAGAAGUGAUGCAAACCCCUGUCCCUCCCUCCCCCCCCAACUCCUGCACAGAGGAUUUCACUCGGCUCAUGCACUUGCUUUGGCUGUUACUGAGAGCCUAAUAAUUCAUUUUCCUGACUGAAAUUAAUCUGACAGUCAGCUGUGGCUUCAUUGUCACGCCAGCAAGUGGUGAAGCCGCCUCCGAUCUCUCAGGGUUCAUUUUUAAUUGGCUGAAAUUAAGCAAACUAAAGCCAAGAACGAAAAUCUCCGAGGUCAUAAUUUAUUAUUAUUAUUAUUGCGUACGUUUCCUAAAACCUAGGAAUGAAUUUGUCACAGUUGUGCACAUCCUUCACUAAAUAUUUGCAUCCUCCAAUGCAAAACCACAGUGAUGGCAAUCAGUUUUUAUUAUAAGUAGCUAUGAAUACCUACCGUUUUCUAAUUUACCGAGAAUUUGUGUCAGCUUUCAAAAGAUUCAACAGUUCAUGCAAACAAUCCGUUUUCUAGGAAAUUCAGUCAUUGAGCUGCCCUGCUGAGUGUCAUUGUUUGACCUGAAGUACAUUACCCCUGUGUCACCCUACCUUUUGGCCAUACCUGCUACCUGCGUAUUGUGUUGCAACUCUACGAUUUGGCACAAGUUCAUAAAUGAGAUGCAGUGAGGGGGGAGAUCCCCUGACCUGGGCUCCUUCAGGCUGGUCGAGACCACUUCGUCUCAGUCCAUGGGCCUUGUGAAGGUUUCGUGCCUGAGUUGACACGGGCCCAAAGCUUCAAACAGCAGUGAGGCCGCCAUGAAUCCAUACGGAAGACCAAGCAGCACAGCGACCUCGGUGUCCUGCACCAGCUGCGGAGGCUGCUGCUCACCGCCUCCCCCUUGCCUCAUCCGCCCUGGGCCCCCGUCCUCUUCUACCUCCUCCUCGUCCAUGCCCCCGAGCAUGACCCCUCCACCACCGAUGUCCCCCGCCCCGUUCGUGCAGGUGGAGAACGGAACCAGCUGGAACUCCUCUACCGUCUCGUCCUCGGAUUCUCCAGAUUCUCAUCCUGGUCACCGAUGUGGGGUUAAGAACCCCAACCCUUACUGGACGGCGGUGUUUGAUUAUGAGGCCACAGCAGAUGAGGAAUUAACCCUGCGACGCGGUGACCUCCUCGAGGUUCUCUCCAAAGACUCCAAAGUGUCUGGGGACGAGGGGUGGUGGACAGGAAAGAUCCAGGACAAGGUGGGUAUCUUUCCGAGUAACUAUGUCACCAGAGGAGACGCUGCCAGUUACCAGCAGCUGAAGGUCGGGAGCCUGGUGGCAGUUCGGGUGAGUGAUUCCCCCUUGGAGAUUGACUUCUCAGAACUGACCCUGGAGGAGGUGAUAGGAGCCGGCGGGUUCGGGAAGGUGUACAAAGGAGUUUGGCGGAAAGAGGAGGUAGCUGUAAAGGCUGCCAGGCAGGAUCCAGAUGAGGAUAUUAGUGUCACAGCGGAGAGUGUGCGGCAGGAGGCCAGGCUGUUUUGGAUGCUUCGUCACCCCAACAUUAUUGCUCUCCGCGGAGUUUGCCUGAAGGAACCCAACCUCUGCUUGGUGAUGGAGUAUGCCAGAGGAGGGGCUUUGAACCGUGCACUGGCUGGGAAGAAUGUUCCCCCGAGGGUCUUGGUGAACUGGGCCGUGCAGAUUGCCACGGGCAUGGAUUACCUGCACAACCAGGCGUUUGUACCAAUCAUCCACAGAGACCUCAAGUCCAGCAAUAUCCUCAUCCUGCAGCCGGUGCAGCGGGACGACCUGAGUGGGAAAACCCUGAAGAUCACAGACUUCGGUCUGGCCAGAGAGUGGCACCAGACCACCAAGAUGAGUGCAGCGGGAACUUACGCCUGGAUGGCGCCGGAGGUCAUCAAGCAUUCUCUGUUCUCCAAGAGCAGCGACGUGUGGAGUUUUGGCGUGCUGCUGUGGGAGCUGCUGACCGGAGAAGUUCCUUACCGGGAGAUCGACGCUCUGGCGGUAGCUUACGGCGUCGCCAUGAACAAGCUGACACUCCCCAUCCCUUCAACCUGCCCUGAACCUUUUGUUGUGCUGCUGAGAGAGUGCUGGAGCUCCAACCCCCGCGCCAGGCCUUCCUUCACCAGCAUCCUGUGGCGCCUGCAGGCCAUCGAACAGUCCUCCAUGUUCCAGAUGCCUCCAGAGUCCUUCCACUCGCUGCAGGAGGACUGGAGGCUGGAGAUCCAGCAGAUGUUUGACGAGCUCCGGGCCAAGGAGAAGGAGCUGAGGUCGUGGGAGGAGGCGUUGGCCCGGGCGGCCGAGGAGCAGAAGGAGCAGGAGGAGCAGCUGAAGAGGAGGGAGCAGGAGCUGGCGGAGAGGGAGUUCGACAUCGUGGAGCGGGAGUUGAACAUCAUCAUCCACCAGAUGUACCAGGAGAAGCCCAGAGUGAAGAAGAGGAACGGCCACUUCAAGAAGAGCAGGCUGAAGCUGGGCAGGGACAGCAACUGCAUCAGUCUGCCCUCUGGUUUUGAGCACAAGAUCACAGUGCAGGCGUCCCCCAGCGUGGACAAGAGGAAGAACCAGGGCAGUGAGAGCACCACGCCGCCCGCCAGUCCGGGGGUCUUGCUCCGCCUGCGAGCCUUCAGACCUACCCCGAGCGAGGGCAGUAAAACGUGGGGCCGCUCCGCCGUGUGUAAUAACAAGGACCUGGCGGCCAAUAAGAAGAAAGGACGCACCUGGGGCCCGAGCUCCACCCACCAGAAGGAGCGGGUCGGAGGAGAGGACAAGCUGAAAUCCCUCAGUGAGGGUAAGGUUUACUCAUCCAGCGCACCAAACCUGGGGAAGUCCCCCAAACACGCUCCCACGAAGCCCGGCUUCUCCAGCCUCAAAGAGAUGGAGGAGUGCUCCGAGUUCGAGGAGUCGCCGGGGUCCUUGCUGCCGUCAGAGACCAGCAGCAACGGGGCCACGGACGACUGGGGCGGCUUGGGCCCCAACGCGGCGCCUCCGGUCGGCGGCGCGGGCCUCUGCCCGGCGUCCGGAGGCCUGUGGAUGGGUGUCAGCAACCAGGACUCGGCUCGCCGCUGCAACCAGAGGAAGAAGAGCGACAUGUUGAUGCUGGGCUGCGCUUCUCUGCUGGCCUCUGUUGGUCUGGGGCAGGACCUCCUGCAGCUGGGCAAGCAGCAGAUGCUUCAGGACGAGCAGGACCGAGAGGAGCAGCGGAAGAAGAAGGAGGGUCUCUUCCAGCGGACGGGCCGUUUCCGCCGCAGCACCUCCCCGCCCAGCAGAAACCUCUCGCUGACGCUCUCCAGACACCACGACUCCGGGCUCGCCUGCAUGGACCCGUCCCCCUCCGUCACACUCCUGUCUCUGUCCUCCCUGUCUGACUGCAACUCCACCAAGUCCCUCCUUCCCUCGGACUCAGACGACUACCCUCUGACCCCGUCGGCGGGCGUCAAGACGCCCUCGGCGGCGGCGGCGGCGGCGGCGGCGUCUCCGGCUCCCGCCCUCAAUCCGCUCCUGGACUUGCGGGCGGAGAGCUUCAAGAAGGAGCCCAACCAGUCGCUGACGCCGACCCACGUGUCGGCAGCGAUGGCUCUCAACAGAGGACACAGACGGACGCCGUCGGACAGCGCCAUCCGACCCCGAGCGCAGACUCUGGGACACCGCAGGACUCCGUCUGACGGCAGCAUGCCGAUGCCUCCUCAUCCCGUCAACGCGGCAUCUAAAGGAACUCCAGACCGGCUGGACAUCCCUCGCCUCCCGGACCCGUCCAUGGUCCACCCCCACGUCCCCCACCGCCGUAAAGCCCCUCCCCCCCCGGUCCCCAGCCCGACCCCGCCCUUCCUCAUCAGCCCCCUGGAGAGACCCAAGACCCUGGAGUUCGCCCCGCGACCGCGGCCCACCCCGGCCCGGAUCAGGCCCGACCACAGGAAGCUGGGCUCCGUGUGCCGGACCCUGAGCUCGUCGCCGGGCAGCAGCUGCGACAGCCCCCUGGGCUCCGGGGACAGCAGCGCCGGCGCCACGCGGCCCAACCUGAUGGACAUGGACAUGGAGGGCCAGAAUCUGGACCCGACCGUUCCCCUUUGCGGACAGCUGCAGCCGGCCGCUCUGUGCGAACAGCAGUACUUGUAGUGACACGUUUUGAGGCUUCUGGGGCUCGGAAGUAAAUCCCACUUCUGAAGAUGUGGCACCGCUUGGUAACAGUCGCUCGUCUCCUGAAAUGGCGCGAACCCUUCCAGCGUUCCUCGGCCUCUGCUCUGCGUGACGCCGAGGGCCCAGAGGCCUCUGAGAGCCCGGUACUGAUCUCGUCCAGCCAAAUGUCUUUCCAAAGCCAUCAAAGCGUCUAAAAAAGCCACUUUUUAAAGGUACCAACGGUCAUCUCAGUCCGCCUCCGAGUGCUGUUUCCUGUCUGUGUAUCUACGCAUUUCCAUUCUCUUCAUUCCUGUCCGCCGCCUGAACAAGACCAGGAAAACAUCGCCUCAUGUUCGUCGUCGUAGUCCAGAGCAUGUUCGUUCUUCUUCUGCAUGGUGGUCUUCAUCCUCAUCUCUCCAAACGUGAAAGGGGGAAAAAAAACCUUAGUGGACUGGUAACAUGUGCAUUGAAAAAAGUCUAUUUCCUCCACCUUUUCGCAGUCGGGAGAUUGUUUAUCAUUGAUUUAAACAUCCCGGUCUGCUUCUUCUGCCUCAAAGUCCAGACUGGCUGAUGUCAUCCAGAGCUGGCCACGCUUACUGGAACCCCUGGUGAAGAUGAUGAAGAUAAAGUUGAUAAAACAGUAAAUUCAUCUUUUCCUGCAGCAGCAUAGCUAUGUAAAGAAAUAAUUGUACUUUUAGAAAAUCACAACUGUUAGAACCAGUUGAAAAAUUAACAGCACUAGGAAAAAUGAAGAGCCCACUUCACUGAACCCAUUGAACACCUCCUGGUUAUUCCACCGAAUAUUGAUUUCUGAACUCUUCCCGAGUUAAAACAUUGGUGUUAUUGUUCAUAAAUGAGCAUGAGCUUGUUUUCUUUGCAGUAUUUGAAGUCUGAAAGCGCUGCGUCUCUUUUGUUAUUUUCUGCAAAUAUUUUUAUUUGGCGUUUCAUAUAUAUAUAUAUAAAAGCUGCUGCUGUAGCAUUUUUGCCAGGGGGAUCUGCAAACGUCGCCAGUUCUUUUCCCACCGCAUGCCGUCUCUCUCUGGGCUGCUCCACUCAUUCCUCCUCUGUCCGUCGGCAGCAUCGAUCCCACUCAUCCCAGCGAUGCAGAACCGAAAACGCACACAGACCCCCCCACCCCCUCCCACCUCCGGUUCCAGCAUCAGCCUCCCGCUCCUCUGACGUCGGCGGCACUUUAGGAGAAACUCUUUGCAGCUCGUCGGUGGAAUCAAACCGACGGCGGUUGCUUUGGUGCGCCGGGCGGUUUAUGGGCUGCAGACAGUAUUUACUCGGUAUUUAUUUCUGUAGGUGAAUACUGUGCGUGUGUUUGCGUGCGAGAGUGGAUCCGUGCGACUGGUUUUCUCGGGAUCGAUGACAAUCCCUUUGCUACAAGAGUGAGCCCAAACUCAUUCUCCCUCUGUGCGGUUAAGAACACCGAGUAUUUAUUAAAACUGUUGUUACUGUGGGAAAGAAGUGAUUAUUAUUAUUACUAUUAUUAUGAUUUCAGUACUCUUCCUAGGUGAUAUUUGUACAUACUUGUUAAUAGGGGAAGAAGAAACCCAUAAAAAAGAAAAAAACAACCUGGGAAUCUUUGAACGUUUGUGUUGUCUUCUGUCUCUGCCUGUGAGGAAUCUGUGUGGAAUAUGACGGAUGAGAGGUGAAUAAAAUAACAAAAACGACACAAGCAAAGACAUUUGUGGAGAUUUUGUCACGUUGUUUUAUAUCUCAGUAAAAGCACACAGGAAUCAAAUGAUGUCAUAAACCAUUCCUUUGUAUCUAAGGUGCACGUUCCUUUAGUUUACUCUUUAUACAGAGGAAAUAUUUCCUUAUAUUUCCCUUAAAAGAGCCAGAAGUCACUCACAUUGAUGCGAAAUAUGAAAACGCAUGAAACGUUCACAAAUGUUUAUUUUUAAUUCAUUGAUUCAAUGUAAACACCGACAGUUAGCUUUCACCUCAUCCUCUGUUCAAACACCCCCAAAUUUGCUUUUCACAACUUUAUUUAUUUUAAAAAAUGAUGGCAACACUGUAUUUGAAGAGAUGUGCAUAAUCCUGACAUGACACUGUCAUAAACAUAACACCUGCUGUGCACAUGAAGGAGUCCGUAUGAAUGUAAAUAACGGCGCUUUUAAUGCAACGUUGCUUUAAAAGUCCAUUGGAAGUGUCAACAUUGCGGUAAAAGUGCUAUUAUUUACAGAAUGAUGCAAAGUCAACAAUGUUGUUGGACUUUUAAUGCAACUUUUCAUUUAAAAAAAAUGCAAUGAUUUACCGAAUGACACUUCAUGAGUCAUAAAUAUUCACUAAGACUCCGUCGUGUUUAGAACAGUGUCAUGUCAGUCUUAUGAGUCUAAAGUUCAGAUAAAGUGCUACCAAAAAUGCUUUUAAAAGGCAGUUAAAGUCCAAAUAAAUCCUCUUUAAGUGCCUGAAAAUAAACUUGAGACGGUUUUAAAGGAAAGUCCGGUUCGUUAGGAGAAGAGUGUGGAGAAAAACUAGAAACACACAUCAUUAUUCUGCUCCAAAUGCCUAAACAUGAAUUAUUCAGCAUCAGUGUUUAGUAAGCAUGUUUUCCUCCUGCCAAAACCUUAUGUCACCAGACAAAGACGCUUGCAGUAACAGCCGCGCUCCACCAGGUGUCACCACUGCGCGCUAUGAUGUCAUGUCUUUCCCGAGUCCGCUGUUUCUCUCCACGUCACGCAUUCCUGUAGCGACUCCCUGAUCCUGCAGCCAUAAACACACCUGGACACACACACACACACCCUCGCUCUCUCUCUCUCUUUCUCUCUCUCUCUCUCUCUCUCUCUCUCUCUCUCUCUCUCUCU